AUGUCAACCCUAGGUGCUUCUCCCAAAUUGCAAAAGCAACAAGUUGGAGGAGGAGGGGAAGCAAUUUCUAGCCUUCCAGAAGAGCUUUACCAUGAAAUACUUGUAAGGUUACCCGUAAAAUCAUUACUUACCUGUUAUAAUGCAUUAUUAUCGCGGAUGUAUAAUGAAUUUGACUUUUCUGUUUUUAGUAUGGAUUAUCUCUCAUUCAAAUAUACACGGUUGUCUGAUGUUGGUUCUUGUAAUGGUUUGGUUGUCAUAUGGAGUUAUCAGAAGACUCAGAACAUUACAUGUCUUUGGAACCCAGCAACUAAAGAAUAUAAGCUAAUACCCAAAUCAUCGAAUGCGAAUAAAAAGAGUGUCAUGCAUGCUUUUGGUUAUGAUGACAAGACUUGUGCUUAUAAGGUGGUAAACGUUUAUAAAGAUGUGGAGAAUAUUUCUUUUGGUGAAGUCUAUACUUUCGGAUCGAACUCAUGGGAAAGCAUUCAAGCCAAACCAUAUUCAUUUCGCAAUAAGCCAAAAUGCGGGGUGCUUCUUAAUGGAGUUUUUCACUGGUUAGGUAAAAUGUGUGGUUGCUCUGUCAUAGUCUCAUUGGAUGUCAGCCACAAAGAAUUCAAAAAUCUGAAACUACCAAAAGAGACUUUGGAGAAAAACCUAUCGUUUAUAUGCGUGGGAAUACUGCAAAAUAGCCUUUAUGUAAUUGUUGGAGUUCAAUGUGGUUUUGAUGUAUGGGUGAUGCAGAAUUAUGGAGUUCAAGAAUCAUGGGGGAAACGUUACAAUAUCACUAACAGGAGCAGAUUUUUGAGGGGUCUGUUUUUUUAUAAUUACGGUGAGAUUCUAUUGUUGUCUUCCCGUAAGUUAACUUUGUACCACCCAAAGAACGGAAUUGCUGGAGAAGCAAAUGACCUAACGGUAUUCUUGUACGGAGUAAAUUAUGUCGAAAGCUUAGUUUCUCUUAACUCAGGUACAUAA